AUUUGCAACCAUGGUUUUUGAAGUCCAUCAGAGUGGGUCUUCUCAGGUGAGGUAUGCUUUCGCCGGUGGGUGUGUUUCAGCUUCGGCGGUCACAGUAGAUUCCGUCUUUGGUGUCAGCGUUGGAGGACGUAGCUUAACCUCAGGUGAUCGAGAACCCUGCUGCUCUAAGAUUUGUCUUUCCUCCCUUGUCGACAUCCUCUUCUGAUCUGUUGUUUUUUUGCUGCUUUGCUCUUUGCUCCGACAAUAGAGAUGGUAUCCUCAACGUCUCUGGAAUUUUCCCUCAAGUCUGAGGGGUCUUCUGUGGCACCGGUAGGCAAUGAUGUUGGGUUUGUUGAGCAAUGGAGUCCACAUCCACCUGGCAGGAUCGCUUUCUUUUGGUGACUCAUUAUCUGGGGCGGCUGAGUUGGGAGAAAGGUUACUUCUCUUUACUUCAGCGUGGUUGGUAUCUAAGCUGUUUUAGAGUUCCUAUAGGAAGGCUAGAGAAGGCAGAGCAGUGCAUUUGGAUGAGAACUUAUUUGCAGAGUCUGUGGUGGCAAUGAGGAUAGAUAUGGACGGUGAGACCAAGUCUUCGCAACGCUCCGAGGUGGAGUAUCCUCUUCUUGUAGAGCAAUGCAGCCAUUGCUGGAUUCUGUUGGAGUGGCAGUUUCCAUGAAGGCUGUCGUUAAGCAAUCUUCUCCAGUGAAGGGUUUCCUUUGGAGGGGGUUUCUCAAUUUGGGUCUGUCAGUGCAACCCCUUCUCUCGCCUAGAGUGUCGGCCGCGUCGUCAUCGACUCUUGUUGCUGAGGAAGUUAGGGUGGAAGCGACUCCUUCCCUUUUGGGUGGUUGAGGCACUCCUAACAAUCAAAAGGGUGAGGAUCCCCUGAUUAAAGGUCUGAUUUUGUCUAAGAAGUGGCUGGUAGGCUUUGGCCUGAAUGAGGAGAUUGUAGUGUGGGAUCAGGGUAACGAGAUUUGGAAUGGGGAGGAUGGAGAAACCCCUUACCCAUUGGGUGUUUUACAUCCUGGCAUGCCCUUGGAUUGGGAGAUGGAUGGUGAUGAGGGCGAUAGUUUGUCCUUGGCAAUCCUAGAUGCCAUUGAAGAUGAGUUUUAUCGGGAAACAAUGGUAGCGCGCCAAAAGACCAAAGGUAGGAGAGAAUUGUUGAAUUUGAAAAGUUUCAUUAACUACGGCGACGCAAGCGCACCCUCUCGGUGUUGGAAAGUCUCUGCCCUUAAUGUGAUGUAUAGCAGCUUAAAAUCUCCUUCACAACUGACUGGCUGGAAAUCGAGUGGGGGUGACCCUUGUGGUGAUUCCUGGGAAGGGAUCAAAUGCUCAGGCUCAUCUGUAACUGAAAUAAACUUAUCUGACCUUGGACUCACUGGAUCAAUGGGCUACCAGCUGUCAAGCUUGACAUCUGUCACUCGCUUUGAUUUAAGCAGGAACAACCUCAAGGGUGAUAUACAAUAUCAGCUCCCUCCUAAUGCAGUUCACAUAGAUCUUUCUCAGAAUGACUUCACUGGUGGUGUACCUUAUUCAAUUUCUCAGAUGAAUGACCUUGAAUACCUAAAUCUUGGUCAUAAUCAGCUUAAUAACCAGUUGAGUGAUAUGUUUGGAAAACUUUCAAAACUGAAAGAGCUGGACCUUUCCUACAACUCACUGUCAGGCAAUUUGCCUCAGAGUUUCAAAUCGCUCUCAAGCCUCAAAAAAUUGAAUUUGGAGAACAAUCAAUUCAGUGGUCCAAUUAAUGUCCUUGCCGAUCUUCCCCUCAAGGAUUUGAAUGUUGAAAACAACCAAUUUAUUGGCUGGAUUCCCAAGGAAUUUGAGGAUAUAAACUUAGAAACUGGAGGGAAUUCCUGGUCAUCUGGGUCUGCUCCUCCUCCUCCCCCUGGUGCAAAACAUCAUGUUAAUCGACACUCAACCAAUAAUAAUGGUGGGAAGUCCGUCAAGGGUGGAGUGGCAAUAGCUGGAAUAGCCUUGGGUGUACUGGUGGCAAUUGGGGUUCUAAUUGCUCUAUUUUCAAGAAGAAAGUCUUCUCCUUCUUCAAAUUUCCUUGAUGAAGAGAGGCUUAGCCAGCGUAGGUCAUUUACCCCACUUGCAUCUCAAGAAUUAUCCCAAGACUUGCGUGCUGACAUAAGCAAAGGCUUCAAAGAGCUUAAGUCAUUGGAUAAGUCUGCUUCAAUUGAUAUAAAGGCUUUGCAAAAAUCUCCUUCAAUUGGCCGUAAGCAUCCACCUUCUGAUUUGAAGAGAUCAUAUGAUGAAAAUGAAUUUGCAAACCGUCUGAAUGCCCCAAGAAGCACCUCCCUUCGUGCUACAUCAUACUCGUUGGCAGAUUUACAACUUGCUACUGUUAAUUUCGCAACAGGCCGCCUUCUUGGUGAGGGAUCUAUUGGACGCGUUUAUCGGGCUAAAUAUGCUGACGGGAAGGUUUUAGCUGUGAAAAAGAUUGACUCCUCACUUUUUCAAGGAGGGCGAUCAGAAGAAUUUACUGCAAUUGUUUCAAACAUCUCCAAGCUUCGCCAUCCAAACUUUGCUGAGCUUGUUGGUUAUUGUUCAGAACAGGGCCAUAACAUGUUAAUUUAUGAGUAUUUCAGGAAUGGCUCACUUCAUGAGUUCUUGCACAUGUCAGAUGACUACAGCAAACCACUAACUUGGAACACAAGAGUCAGAAUUGCAUUGGGUACUGCCCGAGCUGUUGAGUACCUCCAUGAGGUCUGUUCUCCAUCCUUACUUCACAAGAACAUCAAGUCAUCCAAUAUAUUGCUCGACACUGAACUCAAUCCUCGUCUCUCAGACUGCGGUUUGGCAACCUUUCAUCAGCGCACUAGCCAAAACCUUGGGGUCGGAUAUAAUGCUCCAGAGUGCACAAAACCUUCAGCCUAUACACUGAAAAGUGAUGUAUACAGUUUCGGGGUGGUCAUGUUGGAAUUAUUGACAGGGCGGAUGCCUUUAGACAGUUCAAAACCAAGACCCGAACAAUGCCUUGUACGAUGGGCCAGCCCACAGCUCCAUGACAUCGACGCAUUGGGAAAAAUGGUUGACCCAGCCUUGCGCGGGCUGUACCCACCCAAGUCACUCUCCCGAUUUGCUGAUAUUAUUGCCCUGUGUGUUCAGUUGGAGCCCGAAUUUCGGCCACCGAUGUCAGAGGUGGUGCAGGCAUUGGUGAGGUUAGUCCAGCGGUCAAGUAUGAAUAUGAGAGAUGAUCUUGGGGCUUCUCGUCGGAUGGAUGACUAUGAGUAUUAGUGAUUUAUGCUCAGAAUAUUGUAUAUACAUAUACAUGUUAUUAGAUAGAUUCAGGGGAAGGAGAGUAUUUUUUCUUUUUGCAUUUUCCCCGGCAUGGAUAUUUCUGGUAAUAGAUAUGCGUUCUUUAGAAUUCUCGGAAACUCUUUGCGUUUUAAUUUCAAAGUUUGUUUCUUGUAAGAAAGCAGAAUGAGCAAGUCUAUGAAGUGAAUCUGUGGAAAAGCUUGUACAAGCUGCUCCUCGUGUGAAGUAAAAGCUAAAAUGAUGGACAAGUCCAAAAUGGGGGGGCAUUUUGGAAAUUGGAAGGGAGUUACUCUUUAAGCUAUAUAACCAUCCCACUUCUGUUCAUCUGAAAAUUUUCCCAAACAUUAGAGAUAUAUAUAUUUUGUGUCCUUUGUCUCUGACACUACUAGGGCUAAUAAAGGUGAUUCUAAAUGGCUGUUUGAUGUCAAUUUUCUUUGAGAUGAUCCA